AUGCGAGGUCAGAAAUGGAUUACACAAGUCGUGCUGACAAUGUGCGCAGUACUCAUCGCUCACGCCCGUGAGAACAACAAUGUUUCGGCGCAGUGUACGGAGAAUGAAGUUUGCUCAACCAACAAUGCUCAUGUUUGUAGGAAUAAUACGUAAGUGGGAGCUUCAAAAUGAAUUUUAAAAGUAAGACCUGAGCAAAAUUUUUUUUUCAAAAAAAAGUUUAACAUGAUCCCCUGUAGAUUUUGAAAAACCUUUUUAUGAUCUUUAAGCCCCUGCCCAUAAUUUUUUUAAAAAAAGUUUCACUUGGUUCUCCCGUAAAUUCCAAAAAAAAAAUAAAAAUUUUUUUGACCACCCCCUAAAAAAUUAUUACCCCGCCCUCCAAAAUUUUUUUUUCGUAAAAUUGUAACUUGGUCCCCCCUGUGAAACAUAAAAAAAUCUUUUUUAGUUUUUUACUACCCCUUAAAAAUUUACCCCUCCCAACCCUGUCGUUCAGUAAAUACUUGCACUGCAUGCUCUGCCAAACCAAAAAAAAACCUUCAAGCCAAUCUUCCAAACCUAGUAUACCUAUUCUAAACCUCAAACCCUUCUAAACCUCCAAAUUUCAGAUGCGUAUCAGUCUGUUCCCUUCGAGGUAUGAAGGAAUGUGUCUGCGACACGGAAGAAGACAACUUUUGUUAUCUAUGUUGCGGCAACGACGACAAUCGCUGCCUCCCCGCCCACGAGCACGGAAUCCUUCGCUCUAAUGGCGAACGUUGGGAACGGGAAUCGUGCGCACGGUGUCGUAUGAAUGGCGCCGAAAUGGAGGGGCUGGCGUGCGAUGAUCACGAUACGCAAAGACUUUGUUUACAAGGCAAAUGCUCCAAAUCGGUGUGUCAUGAUAAACAGCAGGGUGCGUUUUGUGAUCGAAAGUUGGAGAAGAUUUGCGUUGAUGACAUUUGCGAGAACCCUUGUGCCAAGAUUCAGCCACAUCUUAUGGUUUGCGACUGUCCGUCCAUCGAUCCUGACACGGGUUUUGCGUCGGAGGACCGAUGUCAGCUUUGUUGCUACGACUUUAAUGUUGUAAGUGGCUACGAGGUUUUCAAAAUUGAAGCCAAAUUUUAAAUUUAAAGAAAAAUUUCAAAAAUUAAAAUUUUUUAAAAAAUUUUCAAAAAAUCGUAUUUUAAGCAAUUUUUUCCAAAUUCAAAAACAAAAAAGCGUAUAAUUACGAUUUUCAUGGCUUUGACAAUCCCAUUGGGAGCAUAAAACAUCAGAUGUGGGCAUUCUGACACAUAUUUAGCGCUGAAUACUAUUGGGAGACACAAUAAAGAUCCCAAUUUACGAUUGUUUUUAGUUUCUUCCUCAACAUAGCAAUGCCAUUUUUAAAGACAUGUACAAAACAAUAGCUUAAAAAUCUGUCAUAGUUCCAGUAUUAUCAGUAAAAGACAUUAAGUUUAUCAAAAAAUGCAAAAACUUUCGCAAAACACCAAAAAAGUUGGGGUAUUGAGGUCAUGGAUAAUAUAAUCUUUAAAAAAUCAUAGCAACCUUAUUUUGAAAGCAAACCUUAUCAGCCAUACCUCAUUUGAAACCCCCAUUCUCUCCCCUACAAUCCUCUCAAAACACAUUUUCAGAAGCCCUCGUCGCGACGUUGCCAGAGCGCAUUCCGCAAGUACCACAUCUCCACCCCACAAGGUCGGCCGAUUUGGCGCGUUGGCCUGGACUGCGCCGGAGGCAAGACCUGCAACCGUUACGGCGUGUGCACAUCGGCUGCCGGAGAUAGCAGCGGACCAUUCGCUGGCCUUUGGGCCACAAGUGGCGGUCGUACAUUACUGGUUAUUGUGUUUGUUAUAUUCGCGCCGGUCAUCAUAUGA